AAAGUGGGCGUUAAUAGCUCUCUCUCUCUCACUAGACUUUGUUUUUCUCUUCCUACGUACCAUAGGCUGUAAUAAAGGGGGGUGUUCCCCGGGGUAGUGUGCUAAUAAGGCUACGAUACAUUUGCGAAGUCAGUGGUGGUGUUGAGAGACAGAGAGAGAGAGAGAGAGAGAGAGAGAGAAUCUUUAGGGAGGUCAGCAAGAGCACUCUUUGCUUCCUCAGCUGAAUAACCUAACGUUUUUAGAGGGCUCUCUCCUGGGUUGCGUGCGGUUCGCUCUAUAUUCCCCGUUUCCUGUUUUUAGGUUCCUGAGCGUGGGAGAUAUAAAGGAAUCUCUCAUUCUCUCUCAUAUUAUCUCUCUGGUUAUUAUUAUUUUUUAAAAAUCUGCAUCUUAAUUUCAUUCUAUACCCAAAUCACAUCUCUCUUGUCACCUCUUAUGCCAAAAGCAAUAGAACGCACUAAGCGUGCUAAGAAAACAUACAAAAGUCGCUAUUAUAUAUGUCUCUUUUCUUUGCCUUUGGCCUUUGAGUUGUUAAAACACUCAACUUUGUGGUUUUCUUUCUCUUGGGUGGGGUUGUUGUCAUUAUUUUCUGUUCUGAGUGUGUUGGGUUUAAGGAUUUUUAAGGCUUGAAGCUGUAAAAGCUGGCUCUUGUGUUGGCAGUUGUAUCGCUAUUUCCUGUCUGGUUUUUAAAUUUUUUUAGAGGUCCGAAGAGUUCCUUUUAAUCAUUUGAGGAUGCUGGUCUUCAAGUUCUUGAGUGCUGGUUAAAGGACUAUUAGCAGAAGGUUAAAAGUCUCUGACUUUUGCUUGCUCUUCACACUCCAGUGGGAUUUUCCUGUAUUCUUGCUUCUUUCUGGUGUUUAAAGUUAAACAAGUGAUAUUUAUCUGCUGAAUGGAGGGUUGUUCAAAGAUUACUGAGGCAUGUCCUCAGUUACUGGAUUUGAUUCCAAGAGAAAGGGAAUGGCUAGUUAAAAGAGCUGAUGAAAGAUCCUCAGAGGAGAAGAAGCUUGAACUAAGGCUUGGUCCACCUGGUGAAGAAUGGUCUCUUCGCGAGAACGCUAAAAACGCAGAUGAUAGAGAAAGAGAUGAAUCUCUUCUCUCUCUUGGGUACUUCUCCAAUGGAAACCAACAUACCCGCAAAUUUUCUUCACCUGAAAACCUACAGCCUGGUUCUGUAUGGUUCAAUCAACAACUAUCACAACAAGCGAAGGCUACUCCAUUUCUCCAGUUUCCAUCAAAAACAGUAACAACACGACAGAGCCUGCCUGUAAUGGCAAAGGAAUCCUCACAGCCCUGUUGCACUAAAGUGGUUGUAGACUUGCAGCAGAGCGCAGAAAAGAAGGCGUUUUCACCGCCAGCUCCUGCAAAUACAGCUGUUGUGCCCAGCAGCUCUCAGAAAAGAACUGCUCCUGGUUCAGUUGUGGGUUGGCCUCCAAUUCGUUCAUCCAGGAAGAAUCUUGCAAGCAGCAGCUCGUCAAAACCUGUUACUGACUCACAAAAUGAAAGCCCAAACAAGAAGGUUGCUAGUGAAAAACCAGUUGAAACUUGCAAAAAAGGGAUGUUUGUAAAGAUCAAUAUGGAUGGUGUUCCCAUUGGAAGGAAAGUAGAUCUUACAGCCUAUGACAGCUAUGAGAAACUGUCCACUGUUGUUGAUGAACUCUUCAGAGGCCUCCUAACAGCUCAAAGAGAUUCCUCUGCUGGUGGAAUCAUGAGUGAGCAAGAGGAAGAGAAAGCGUUUAUGGGCGUAUUGGAUGGAAGUGGGGAAUAUACCCUUGUUUAUGAGGAUAAUGAAGGAGACAGGAUGCUUGUUGGGGAUGUGCCAUGGCACAUGUUUGUGUCAAUGGUGAAGAGGCUUCGUGUAUUGAAGAGCUCUGAGGUUUCUGCGCUGAGCCUUGGAAGCAGCAAGCAAGGCAAGGAAAGUACUGAUGAAAUGAGAAGGAAGAAUUUUGCUGUGAAGAUUCUCUUUUAAAGCUUGAAAAGAGAAGCCUUGAAUUUUAUCUUCUUAGUUGAUAUUUUGUCCCUUGUAAUAUCGUAUGCAAACUUUUCAACUCACAGUGUAUGUCUAUGCCUAUGUGUAUUUUUUCCAGUAACCCCUUGUUUAACUUGCUCAUUUUGCCUUAAUGCAAUGUUGAGCAAAGCAUAAUAACUGUGUUUUGAGCUUAAUGUACAAGUCUGUUUAAUUAAUUACCCA